GGCACUCUGUAUUUGAUAACAAACCAACCAACUGAAGAUAAAGGCCGCCUUCUCCGCCCUGUCGUGUCGUUGCGAUUUCUUGCUAACUGAGAGCGGAAAAACUGAACACGUAAUGCUCUAAAGCUUCAAAGUUCGGGAGAAGAAAUCGUAGAAUCAAAGAAAAAGCAUGUUCUUGCUCUCUUUCCCGCUUUCUCCCGCUCGAAAUUUUUUCCCAUGCAUUACUCUUUCAACCUAUCCAUCACAUGGCUUGUUGUGUGCUCAGAAGAUGCGGCUGUUGGUUUCUUGCUCAUGCCAUAAUAUACAGGACAAUGGAGAACAGGCUAAAGGUUCGUUACACUUUGAGGAUAAAAUGAAGCGACGACUUCUCCUUACUUUUCUGGUUGGGUCAGGCAUAUCUCCAGCAUUGCCGUCUUCUGGGAAGACAAAGAAACAAAGCCCUUAUGAUGAGAAACGUUUAUUGGAGCAGAACAAGCGAAUACAAAGAGAAAAUAAUGCACCUGAUGAGUUCCCUAAUUUUGUCAGAGAAGGUUUUACGGUAAAAGUAGUCACAUCAGACAACUUUGUUACUCGUGAUUCAGGUCUCAUAUUGAGGGACAUUGAAGUUGGUAAAGGUGAUUGUCCAAAGGCUGGUCAACAGGUGACUUUUCAUUAUGUUGGUUAUAAUGAGUCAGGACGCCGUAUUGACAGUACAUACUUACAAGGUUCUCCAGCUAAAGUUCGAUUGGGAACUAAUGCAUUGAUUCCAGGAUUUGAGGAAGGAAUCAAAGACAUGAAGCCUGGAGGAAAACGGAGGAUAAUUAUUCCUCCGGAGCUAGGGCCACCAGUAGGACCGUCCACCUUUUUCAGCUCCAAGCAAUUUGAAGUUUUUGAUAUAGAAUUGGUGAGCAUUCAAGAUUGCACAAGACGGACAAUUGGAUUUUACUCUGAUGUUGUCUGCAGUUGAGUACAGGCUGUUUUAAGUUCUCUGUUUUUGUGAUAGUUGAUUAUUUCUUGGUGCCGCUAAGAAACUCUGCACUUGUGUAUGCCAGUUAAAAGUUGGAACAUGAGCUCAUAGGAGGAUUAGGAAAUAAAACUAAUCAGGAGCAUAGCUACAUUUUCCUUAUCCAUCUUGUUCAAUACUUUGAUUCAUAUAGCAGAAUUUCCUGGUGUUUCUAGCUGAA